CUACUCUUACUUUUGUCUCCAGAGGGGUCCCUCGCCUCUCCAUUGCAAGAUAAUCCCUUUCGAACCAGCCCCACCCUCAAAGGAGAAAUUCGCGACUGCACUGGCGCAAUCCAGGUGUCGUCGUCGAAUUUGAAACUGCAACCACUGAGAAGAGCCAACACGGCCCAUCGCUCGUGACUUUUUCCGAGAACGAUCGAUUACAACACCAGAAGACAAACAAUGGACAUGGCCGGCGGCUUUACUCUUCAGAACAUGGCGUGCCUCACACUAGAUGGAUCGGGAAACGAGGAUGCCACGCCGUCGGAARCGGCAGCCACGGGGGAGCAGCAAGUGYCAAAGGAAAAGUCCUCCUCCCAGGAAGCACGGGACGAAUCGACGGCACCGACGACAUCCCACCGAAGAGGCAGCAGCAGCAGCAGCAACCUCGGCACGGCGGGCGAUAUAGGAGGAGGGGGGUUUCUYGCCUCGGGUUUUUCGUGGUUCGACAAACAAAGAGAAAAACGGCGCAGGGACCACCUCAAGCAGGAGGCAGAGAAACAAUUGCAAAAGAUUGCCGACGCCCAGCGAGCCGCUCGCAAGUCUGCUUCGGGUUCCAAUUCCACUAAAAACAUUCAYUCGUCGGUCAAUAGGAACCACAGCCUCAUCAGCUCGUCCUCCUCCUCCUCUUCACCGUCGCAGCAAGACGGGAUGUAUGUCAUGCCCAACAACAGUCUCAAGAGCAACGCCAGCGGAUCGUCGGACGGAGGGGAUUGCGAGAACGGGAACGACAAAUCGAAYGCAAAGCAAAGGCAAACGCAAUUUUACACACAAACGUCAAACUCGUUUGGAACCUCGGACGUGUCCAAAAGUGGAGAAGGUGCCUCUGGAACCCUCGAUCUGAGCGACAUUGAUGCACUCGGCGACGGUGGGGUUUCCAACCGAAAGAGCCCUGCGAAAAGCACGGACGACGACGAAAGCGUGUAUAUAAUACCUCCAGUCCGGGUCACGCACGUGGAAGGUGACGAGGCCAGUCCCUAUAUUCUCUCCCAAAAGCAAAUGGACGAGAUCGCCAAACACGUGCUGCCCGAGACUAUUACCUACUGCCGGUGGAGGAGGUUGUACGGACUCGGACGCGAUGGCGACUCCUUCGAGGGCUGCCUACGGAUCAUUGGGGCCGAAAAACGAACCCUAAUGGUCGUCCGGACCAGCAAGGGAGACGUCUUUGGGGGCUACGCCGAUGCCCCGUGGCACUCGCGCCAGGCCAAUGCAACSGCACACUUUUAUGGCACCGCCUCUUCCUGCCUCUUUUCCUUUAGCUCAACCCUCACCGAGUACUCCAGCUCGUCGUCGCCGACCGACUCACCGAUCAACGUGUACCGGUGGACCGGAAAGAACCGAUACAUACAGGUUUGCGACGUCUUUCACAAAAUGCUGGCCUUUGGGGGUGGUGGCGACAAGGGUGCCUUUGGSCUCUGCCUGCAGGACGACUUUCAGCGCGGGACCACCGGGCACUGCGAUACCUUUGACAACGAYCCCCUCUGCUCUGGCGACAGCCGAACCUUUGACGUGGUCGAUGUGGAAUUCUGGGAGUUCCAGACCGGCGUGUUUUAGGAAAAAACCGGUGGAUCGCUUCGCUUCCUUUCGAAUCGAUUUGAUUUGAUUUGAUUUGAUUUGUUUCGAGUCGAUUCGAUUCGAUUCGGAUCAGACUGUUCCAUCUUUUUUCGGCUUUCUGCACCUCUGCGCAAAACACACAAUAACAUUAUUGUAGAAGUCGCGAUGCACCAACCAUUAGCCCGAACCUUGCAACGUUUUGUGYGUGCUUGCUUGGGGCUGUGAUGGAUCAAUGGGGCACAAUGUUUUGUUGGGYACAAAUGCUUUGCGCUAUUGCAACAAAGAAGCGCUGCGUGAUCCACACUCGUGCGAGUGUUUGUAUAUUAUUGUGAACCACAAUUCUUCCAUCCUAAUGGAGUAUGURUAUCGAUAGGGCGAUUGGCGUUAAGUUAUAGAAAGGAACCAUUGGUAUUAUAAUAUUGCUAAAUUAUAAGU